UUCGAGGGUUUCUUCUGCGUCGGUGGUGAUCGGAGCUGACGUCUUGCAUUGUGGGAGUUUUUCAAGCCCCUUCAUUUAUUCGCUCGCUCAUUGAUGCUUACUUAUCUCAUUGCCAGAUUUUCUUCACUCUCCCGCGAGAGGAGGACCCACCUUGUUUCCCUUCAUCAAAAUGCCUCGCAGAUUCUUAAUUCCUUUUCUUCAGUUUCGAAAUUCUCCGAAUCAAAUCAGCGGAAAGGAAAAUCAGGAGAAACUAAAACUUGCACUGUUUCUUAUCUUAUAGACUCACUGGGUAUGUCCUCCGAAGUAGCUAUCAAAGUAUCCAAAGGGGUUAAAAUAGAAGGCCCUGAUAGAUCCAACUCGGUACUUAAUCUUUUUAGGAGUUACGGAUUCUCAGAUUCCCAGAUCUCUAAGGUUGUGGAGAAGUAUCCGCGAGUCCUUUUGACAAAACCUGAGGUGACACUUUCGCCGAAGCUGAGGUUUUUCCGGUCUAUAGGGUUUUCAUAUCCUGAACUGCCACAACUCAUCACAUAUAACUCUGCACUCUUAGUUUUGAGCUUAAAGAAAAGUAUCAUUCCCCGAUAUGAAGCCCUUAAGAGCGUACUUGGAGAUGAUGCGAAAGCAACUAUAGCUUUUAAACGCUGGGGUUGGUGCCACAAGGACGUAAACAAUUUACCGUCGAACAUAAGAGUUUUGAGGGAACACGGAGUGCCUCAGUCUUCUGUCUCUCAACUGGUUACUCAUUUUGCAAGAGCUGUGAUUAUAAAGCCGGCAAAGUUUGUUGAACAUGUCAAGUUUGCUAAGGAGAUAGGAAUCCAGCCAACUAAGGUUGCGUUCGUCCAUGCAAUUUUUGUCUUAGCAAUGACAAAUAAAUUGACCUGGGAGUCAAAGCUGGAUAUCUAUGAAAGGUGCGGCUGGUCAAGGGAUGCCACUCUGUCAGCAUUCAGUAAGUUUCCACAUUGCAUGCUGCUGUCAGAGGAUAAAAUCACAAGCAAAAUGAAGUUUUUCGUGGAUGAAAUGGGUUUGUCUUUGGAAGAUAUAGUUAAUUGCCCAACAAUUCUUGGCUAUCGCUUGAAGCAAAGGAUUAUUCCUAGAUUCUCAGUAAUUAAAAUUUUGAAAACUAAUGGUUUGAUGAAACGUGAUAGGUCCUUACGUUCCAUUAUCAUCUUAAGUGAAAAGAAGUUUUUGGAAAAGUUUGUAAUCAGAUUUCAGGAAAGUGUUCCUGAGCUGUUGGACAUUUAUAAAAGUGGUUCUUGAAGUUCAGUCCUUAAUGGUUUGUGGCAUGAUAUGAUUGUGCCUCUUGACUCUCAACUUUACUAUAACUUCUCAACUGUUCUGCUUCAAAUCUUACUCUGAUUGAUUGGUCUGUAUUCUAGUAAGUAGUACCUAUGAACUUGUACUUGUAGGAUAUCCCAUGUGGAGGUUAUCUAUCAGCUUUUUUCCCCCCAUCAUAAUUGUACAACAAUUCUUCUCGUUAGAUAUGUCAAAUGGUAGUACCGUAGGAGCUUUUACUGAUA